AUGAAUUGGACAAGAAGGGUUAAUGUCAUUAAAGGUGUGGCGAAUGCUUUGUCUUACAUGCACCAUGAUUGCUCACCACCGAUCAUUCACCGCGACAUAUCGAGUAACAAUGUUUUGCUGGAUGAAGAAUAUGAGGCAUGUGUGUCUGACUUCGGCACUGCUAGACUUCUAAAGCCCGAUUCAUCGGAUUGGACUUCUCAAGCGGGGACUUGUGGAUAUGUUGCUCCAGAGCUUUCCUACACAAUGAAGGUUACCCGAAAAUGUGACGUUUAUAGCUUUGGGGUAUUAACACUAGAAGUGCUGAUGGGAAGGCAUCCAAGUGAACUCAUCUCUAUGCUACUAUCAUCAUCGUACUCAGUAUUGCCAUCACCAAAGCAAAAGAUGCUAUUGAAAAAUGAGUUGGACAAACGGCUCUCCCCUCCCACGAUGGACACACUUGAAGAACUCUUGUCUAUGAUGAAGCUGGCAAUCUCAUGUUUAGACACUAAUCCACAAUCUCGGCCAGACAUGCACUACGUGUCUAAGAAAGUAGAAACUACCAUCUUGAAGCCAUCUUUUUCCUUGCAAUAUGAUUCGUGCUGA